UUAACAAGUUCCUUCCUCCGAAACGGUACCAAAAUACUCCCACAAAAAGUCGCAGUCAAGGCUUUCAGAGUGCCGUCAAGGAAACCAGAAGACCUAAAUAAAUUGAUCAAGGUUAGCUCUCGUGUAGUCGAUGUAUGUGGCAUUUAACAUCACUUUCUAUACAGAAAUUACGUCAGGAAGUCUUUGUCUGGAGACAGCUGGAACAUUCGCACAUAGUGCCUUUGUAUGGCACUACGGAAAAAUAUGAAAUUAUCCCAGCGCUGGUGUGUCCAUGGAUGAAAAACGGUUCUCUCCAUCAAUACUUGGGUACAAUGCGGCGUGAGCAGUCGCCACCUGAAAUGCGUCGUCUCUUUCUUCUUCUCCUCCAAAUCGUAUUAGGCCUGCAGUAUCUGCAUUCUAAAGAUAUUGUACACGGAGACCUUAUGCCUCCUAAUGUUCUGAUCGAUGAGAACGGGGAUGCUCUACUUGCGGAUUUUGGUCUGUCGUGCCUACUCGCGGAUCAUGAGACAUCUUUCUUCGCAUCUCACAGCUCAGGCGCAACUCGUUGGGCUGCUCCAGAAAUUAUACCACUUGAUACCGAAAAGCCCGACGAAUGUGUUAGCAAGCCGAAUAAAGCGAGUGACGUCUAUUCAUUUGGUUGCAUCAUGAUGCAGGUGCUAUCUGGCCGCCCCCCGUACUUUGAUAUGGAGAAAGAGCCUCUUGUCAUUGUGGCCAAAUCUAAAGGCAUUCUGCCAACACGACCUGCAUCGCCUGCAAUUGCCGAUGAUCACUGGUGCUAUAUUGAACAAUGUUGGUCGACGCAGAUCGGGAUGCGGCCUUCGGUUGAUGAAGUUCUGUACUAUAUAAAGGCAGAGCACGAGAGACAGAGUUAGCUGUUCCUGCUAGUGAUACAAACGAGUUGAUCUCGAACACCACAUUUUCUCGUGUCCUUGCAGUCGUAACACAUGUUAUAUUUAUUCCGUCACGAUACAGUGCUACCCACAUCCAGCUCCUGACUAUAACUUAGAACGCCGCGAUAUUCAAGUUGUUGAUAGCAAUUUCAUAAUGACAUUCGGUUCUGUUUUCAGCAAAGACUUGAGUCUGAGUCCCGGUCCUAGCCAUAUCUACAACCCAGUACACUCAAACACCACAGUCAGUGGAGAUGCUGUCAUCUGAGUCUGAUAGUAGCUAAUGCCAAGUGCGGUUGUUGGGAUGGUCAAAAUUUAGAAAAAGACUAUCCGGAGGAAAGUAGCCUUGAUAACCCGAGGGAUAGUUUAAUGCGGUCGAACAGACUCUCCCGCAGCAACUGCCUCCAGUAAGUUAACACCGCCGAAACAAUAAACGGGUCCAGCUUUUACUCCGCCCC